AUGUCGCGUCCACAGAGCAUGCCUGAUUUCGCCGCGCUCAUGGAAUCUUCCAUGUCGCAGGCUGUCUUUGAGUCUUCCAGUUCGAACUUCGAGAAGCGCAUACACAGUCAUAGUCGACGACAGACAUCACCAGAGCGAAAGCCUCAGAACAUGAGGAAGAAGCCGAGCAUCUCGCUCGCUGCUGGACUGAUGAUGAACACCGACACCCCACCAGCGACUGGAUCACUAUCGCCACGCAAACGAAGCCAGAGCCGGCCGGCCCAGGAAAAGAGGGUUGAGAUGGAAGAGGGUGGGAAUCUGUUCUAUGCCUACGCGCAGAGGAGCGACUAUCCUGCAUCUCCUCCGUACAUCCUCACCUUCGCCUCGGCCGCCAUUUGCACGCAAUGGUGGAAUCUGGUCCAACAGGAAUAUACGUCGUCGUCGCGACCGAGCCCGCAGUAUUUCGUGGUCAGGAGCGAAGACAUGGAGCUCAUAAUGGAAGACCCCAGGUUCUCCGAUAUUCAGAACAAGUGGUUCUACACAUGCCAGGAUAGCCCGACGUGCCCGCCGAUUGUCCUACCCCUGCAACAUGCGAACGGUGUUCCCGCCGUCGCGCCUCCGCACACAUGCGAAGAGAAGGCGAGCACAUCGGCUAUCGACAGCCUGGCGGCGAGUCUGACUCAGCUGGCAAGUAUAGUCGAGAGCAAUGCCGAGCAAGUCCACGCGCUAUCGGUCGCGCAAUCAACAGGCCUACAAGCGAUGCAAGAGAUCAACGAGUCGAACAGUAUCCAGAUCAAGGCCAUCUCCGAAUCCCAAAUCAAGCUUCAAGCGCUUGUCGAUCAGAACGCGUCACACUACAUUGCCCUGUCCAACACAUCCUUCCAGUCGCACGAGCAGAGCAGAAUAUCGCAAGAACAGACACGGAAAUCUCAAGAGCAAACGCGCAAGUCUCAGGAGCAGACCAAGGACAUACUCAAGACGACCAUUUCUCAACUCCAGACUCUAUCCAAGAACCAGAUCGAGCUGUCACAGACCUGCCAGGGUAUGAUGCGUACUAUCGAGAACCUUGGCGACUCGGUCACACAGUUCACUUCCAAUGUCAUUUCUGAUACCGCAAGCAACCAGUCACUAUCCACUAGCUCGUUCAACGCUCUCGCAACCCGCAUCAGCCCACCUCCUCGGAAGCUGAACAGGCGAGUCAAAGGCGUUUGGUACGAGUACGACAACGUGGGCUCGGGCUCACCCAGCGGCACCCCCAGGAAGAGGGUAGACUCGAUCAAUGUGGACACCCCACCCAAGAGCCCGGUUAUCUACAAGCACGUUUGA